AUGGACGACGAGGGCAACGACCAGACGACGGCGACGGCGGCGCAACAAGGGGGCGGCAAUCCCUUCAAAAUCACCGACUCGUCGCGCGAGACGCGGAAAGGUGUGGUUGCCACCACGCUCGAGGAGCUCACCGCCAAGGUGUUGGAGAAGCUGGACAUUGAAGGCGAUGUUACUGUUGUCCUUGAAGCAGACGGCACAGAAAUCGACGACGACGAAUACUUCGCCACUCUGGAACCGCACACAAGUCUCAUGGUGCUGCGCAGCGAAGAAAAAUGGUCGCCACCAGUGCCGCCAUGUCGAUUAUCCUUCGAUGAACUGGACGAUGGUAAAGGUGGGCCUGAACUAGCCGGUCUAGUCGAUAAGAUAAAACACAAUCUCUGCCAUGUGUCACUACUCGGCGGGCCGGAACUUGAACUCCUCAGCGAUAUGGACCCGGACUCUUUCGCUGACCUCCACUUCCCCGACAAGGUCUUCCUCGAGCAGCUCAAGGAAGCAUCCGGGCGUUAUCUCAUCGAGAAACGCCAAGCGAAAGAGGCGAUGGACUUGCUGAAAAUAUUCCAGAAUCAGAAGGAGACGAUUGAGAAUCAAAACAACGAGAACUACUCGCUGCACAAGACUGAUUAAAGCGUAAGAAAGGAAUUGACGGAUAAAAAUGAUAAGAACAAGUAGGAGACAGGUUACGUUUUCAAUUAAAUCAACACGUUAUGAUAGAUUUUGACUUAAGACUUGAUCCGAUUGCUCAAUAAGUUGACUAAAACACAAUUAUGCGUGUGUGUUUGGUUGCCGUGGUCUUAUGAUAUAUUCGCUUAUUUAAGAUUGAAUCAGUAACGAGUUAUGAUGUUUAAAAGUUACGAACGAAACACCAAAACGUUUUAUCGAUGAUAAUAAUAGCGUUAAUCGUAGGCGAUUUUUAAAUGCGUGGUCAGAGUCAAAGCAAAAACACUCCACAAUACCUCCAAACCCUGCCCUUAAAUAUCUAAUUAAUAUUAAUAGCGUUAAUCACAACGGCUGGAAGGCGGUAGAUGAUGAGGGUUGGCGAAUUGUGUGGAAUACGGCCAUCGAUUUUGAAUUUUUAUCGAAUUGGAUCUUUUGAAUUAUUGAGUCUUUUAUUGUACAUGUAUAUCUUUAUAUAAAUAUUAUAUCUAUUGUAAAGGACAACCACCACAAACACUAGCACUGAUAUGAUUAUUGUUAGCGCUUCAGAGUCGUACGAAAUGCCGAAUUAGAUAGGAUGCGAAUAGGAAACGAGACAUAACCUAGAAAAGCGGAGUUUACAUAUGUAUUUGACGAGGAAUGUGCAGUCAUUGAUUGGUUUAUUGUGUUAUAAGCAUGAUAUAACCUCAUUUUUCAUCUGUUUUGUCAUGUUUUGUGUUAUUUAUUCAUCUGGGAGAGGAUUAAGUGAUUUAUGCAUUUAUUAUGUGUGAUUUGUUCAUUGUUUUAUGUUUAGGAACACGAAAUGUGGUAGAUUUUAACUGAAGGAGGUGAAAAAUAUGAAUUUUGAGGUUAUUACACGUUUAAAUCACAGUAUUAUUUGGAAAAUAAGUAGUUUUAAGGCUGGAAAUCAUAAAUUUAGUUUAAAAUUGCUUUGAAAUACGUUUUUCUUUGUUUUAGGUCAUAUUUUGCAUGUUUUUCAUGUUUAAAUUAUGUAGAAGGGUAAAAUGUUAAUUUUGAGGUUAAUCAACGUUAAAAGCACAGUUUUAUUUAAAAACCAAGUACUUUUAAGUUUUAAAGUCUUAAAUUUUACUUAAAACUGACUAAAAACAUGUUUUUCAUAGUUUUAAGUUGUUUUUUCAUGUAAAACAAGGAAAAGAAGUGAAUUUUGAGGUUAUAACAUCAAAAUCAUUACUAAAACGAAUAGCAAACCAAACAUAACCUCGAAAAACAGCUUCUGAACAUGUAUUUGACGAGAAUUGUGCCAAUAUUGAUUGAUUUAGUGUAUUGUAAGCAUGGUAUAACCUCAUUUUUCGUCUGUUUUGUCAUGUUUUUCGUUAUUUAUUCAUCUGGGAGGGGAUUAAGAGAUUUAUGCAUGUAUUAUGUAUGAUUUGUUCGGUGUUUUAUGUUUGGUAACACGAAACGUGGUAGAUUUCAACUGAACGUGGUGAAAAAUGUGAAUUUUGAGGUUAUUAGACGUUUAAAUCACAGUAUUACUGUGGAAAUAAGUAGUUUUAAGGCUGGAAAUCUUAAAUUUUAGUUAACAGUGACUAAAAACAUGUUUUUUGUUUGUUUUAAGUUGAAUUUUGCAUGUUUAUCAUGUUUAUAAGGGUGAAAUGUGAAUUUUGAGGUUAACCAACGUUAAAAUCACAGUUUUAUUUAAAAAUCAAGUACUUUUAAGGCUAGAAAUCAUAAAUUUUACUUAAAACUUACUAAAAACAUGUUUUUCAUAGUUUUAAGUUGUUUUUUCAUGUAAAACAUGCAAAAGGAGUGAAAUUUGAGGUUAUAACAUCAAAAUCAAUCACAAAACGAAUACUAAACCAAACAUAACCUAGAAAAACAGCUUUUAAACAUAUAUUUGAAGACAAAUGUACAUUUAUUGAUUGAUUUAGUGUAUUGUAAGCAUGGUAUAACCUCAUUUUUCGUCUGUUUUGUCAUGUUUUUCGUUAUUUAUUCAUCUGGGAGGGGAUUAAGAGAUUUAUGCAUGUAUUAUGUAUGAUUUGUUCGGUGUUUUAUGUUUGGUAACACGAAACGUGGUAGAUUUUAACUGAACGUGGUGAAAAAUGUGAAUUUUGAGGUUAUUAGACGUUUAAAUCACAGUAUUACUGUGGAAAUAAGUAGUUUUAAGGCUGGAAAUCUUAAAUUUAGUUUAAAAUUGCUUUGAAACACGUUUUUGUUUGUUUUAAGUUGAAUUUUGCAUGUUUAUCAUGUUUAUAAGGGUGAAAUGUGAAUUUUGAGGUUAACCAACGUUAAAAUCACAGUUUUAUUUAAAAAUCAAGUACUUUUAAGCUUAAAACUCUUAAAUUUUUACUUAAAAGUGGCUAAAAACAUGUUUUUCAUAGUCCUAAGUUGUUUUUUCAUGUAAAACAAGCAAAAGAAUUGAAUUUUGAGGUUAUAACAUCAAAAUCAAUCCCAAAAUUAAUACUAAACCAAACAUAACCUAGAAAAACAGCUUCUAAACAUGUAUUUGACGAGAAUGGAGCAUUUAUUGAUUGAUUUAGUGUAUUGUAAGCUCAUAACCUCAUUUUUCAUCUCUUGUGUCACAAUCCACGUUAUUUAUUCAUCCGAAAGAGGAUUAAGUCGUCCCUGCACGUAUUAUCUAUGAUUUGUUCGCUGUUUUAUGUUUGGCGUAGUUUACAGCUGAAAAUGAACUGCCACUCACAAAAACAUUUCGAGGUAGACACGUAAAAGAAAACAGCACGAACCCGCACGUCAAAGGUCACCACGUAAAAAGAAAAUUGAAAGAAAAGGUUCAAGGUGAUUGAAACACACGAAUUUCACUCCCUGGAUUUUCUAAUUAAAAAGCACUGCAUGUAAACAAGCACCGUCCAUCUUGUUCUAAAUAUACACACCAACCAAUUGAAUAAUUGCAUUUCGUGUUUUAAGAUGAGUAAAACGCGAGCGUAUAACAAGCGAGACUUGUUUUGGGUGUGUCUGACACUUUGAUAAAAGUUUAAUCAGUGCCCGCAUGCACAAUUCGUUGAAAUAUUCAUUCGUGGCUGCACAUUCCUCUCAAAACGCUUCUAGUUGAACGUCAUACGUAAUAUGAAACGAUAUCAUUUCGAUUGCGCUGUAUGGAAUUUCUUACUGCAUAAACAAUUAUAUUCUAUAUAUAAAUAUAUAUCGUAAUAUCACCCAGAAUGUCAUCCCUGCAUUGAGUAGUUACACACAUAAACACGAUACCAUUACACGUGUGCAUGCCUAUAGCUGUGAUAAACAUUGAAUAAAUAACACAUUACACGUUGAUUAACUAAUCUCGAUCGUCAUUGAAUUGAUUAUUGUAAUAAGUAUCUUUAGGUCAAUAUAGUGGGAUGGGAAGAGGAAGCAUUGCGAUGAAUGUAACUGAAAGUGGAUUUUGUAUCAAUGUAUAAAGAAAACAUAAACAAAACGAAUUGUAAAGAUGAGUAGUGAUGGUGUAUAUACAGAUGACACAAUAAAAUAAUAUUGUAAUUGUAA